CUCUGGCCUCGGGCCCGCGUUCCGCUGGGCCGCCGCGCGAUGGCGGCCAAGACAGCGUUUUUCCGACGUCUCCCGCCUCCUCGCGGCCUGCGCGGCAGCUGCGGCCGCCGAGCGCCACGCGCUGCACGUCGCGGUGCACGCCGCCCAGUCCAACGACACCGCCGCGGACGAUGGCCUCUCCUACGGUGGCAUGGACGACUGGCACUCCAAGGCCCUGGGCAAGAUAGACGACUUCACCUCCAGUGUCGUGGCCGAGCUGGAGUCGGCCACUGUCAGCGCCCUCACCGAGUCUGAGACGUACGCUCAGAAGAUGCGCGGCCUGGCAGGUGGCUUCGAGACCUUCCAGAGCAGCGCCAGCAGCUUCCGCUCCGCCAACAGCCACGCGCAGGGCAAGAGCAACGAGGAGGUGCGCAAGGUGCUCCAGUCCGCCCGGCUCACGGCCAUCGAGAACCGGGCCACGGCAGAGGCGGCGUCCGGGGCGGAGGCGGAGGCGCAGGCCGGCGAAGCGGCGAAGGAUGCCAGGUACUGGCAGGACGGGACCAGGCGGAGGCGGAGGCAGAGUCCGAGGAGACGGCAGAGGCCAGGGACGAGGACGAGGUGCAGGAGGAGGAGGCCUCGCACAGGGCGGAGAGCGUGA